CCUCCGCCGCGGGAUACCCGCCCGCAGGCUGCCCCCCCCACCCCCGUUCACCCCCGCACCGCGGCGGGGAGACCCCCGUGAGGCGGGAGGGACGCGUGGGGCGGGGAAGGACGGGGGGAGAAGGCGGGCGGCCAGCGGGGGAGUGAGGCGGUGAGGCGGAACUAGGUUUGGCGGCGGAGGGAUCCGAGGGGCGAAGCGCCGCGGUGGGAGGGGGAGGCAGGGCCAAGAUGGCGGCGCCCUGUGGGCCGAGGGAGCCCGGAGUGGUAAACAGCUGAGGGGAGCACAGGGACAGUGAUCAUGAAAGGUGUGUGGCUGACAACACUGCAGACAGAAGCUCAGCUCGUCCACAGAACAGUCUGGUAGAGAGACACCAAUGAGGAACUUCCUGAAAUUUUGACCUCCACAUUCAUGUCAGUACGUGCAUCAUGGCACAGCAGGGAAAUGUUGGUGAGCUCCUCUCAAUGCUGGAUUCUCCAAUUCUGGGUGUCCUGGAAGAUAUAACAACUGCAUUCAAAGAUAAUCUCGUUUGUGACCGUGGGCCUAUGCUUGUCAACAACCUGGUGGACUAUUACUUGGAAACCAAUUCUCAGCAGGCACUGCAUAUCCUGUCCACGCUGCAAGAGCCUCAUGACAAGCAUCUACUGGACAAAAUUAAUGAUUAUAUGGGCAAAGCUGCUACUCGUUUACCCACUCUCUCUCUGCUGGGACACGUGAUAAGACGACAACCAUCUUGGAAACAUAAACUUUCUCAAGCACCUCUCCUACUUUCAUUACUUAAAUGUCUCAAGACUGACACAGAUGUAGUAGUACUCACCACAGGUGUCCUAGUGCUAAUAACCAUGUUGCCAAUGAUUCCUCAGUCUGGCAAACAGUACCUUCAUGAUUUCUUUGGUAUCUUUGGGCGUCUCUCAGCCUGGUGCUUGCAGAAUCCAGGUCACGUGGCAGAGAUUUAUCUUGUCCAUCUUCAUGCCAGUGUUUAUGCUCUCUUCCAUCGUCUCUAUGGAAUGUAUCCUUGCAAUUUUGUCUCCUUUCUGCGUUCUCACUACAGUAUGAAGGAAAACUUGGAGACCUUUGAAGAAGUAGUCAAGCCAAUGAUGGAACAUGUGCGAAUUCAUCCAGAGCUGGUGACUGGAUCCAAGGACCAUGAACUGGACCCACGAAGGUGGAAAAGACUAGAAACUCAUGAUGUUGUGAUAGAAUGUGCCAAAAUCUCCCUGGACCCUGCAGAAGCCUCGUAUGAAGAUGGUUAUUACUCUGUGUCUCGGAAACUCUGCACAAGCUUAAAACAUCAUCAAACUGACCCCAGUGCCAGCUCUUACAUUGACAUACAGAGCAGCUAUGGGACUUCUACCCCGUACUCCACUCCUCGGCUAACACUAUCACAAAUGCCAGGGCAGCUACCUCAGAUCCUGAGCCCACAGUCCUCGAGGCUGUCAACUGAGCCACAGCAGGUCACCAUCUGGAGCCCUUCUGCAGUGUGUGGUAUGACCACCCCACCCACCUCCCCUGGAGUUGUCACAUCAGAGUCAUCCCAGUCUGCAUCACAACCUUACAGCAAAGCUUUUGGCACCUCUGCAGGGGGGAAAGGAACACCUUUGGGAACACCAGCCACAUCUCCUCCUCCACCCUGCACUUCAGAUGACUUUGUGCAUGUUUCACUCCCUUCAGCUGCUGCCACGCCUCCUAAAAAGGAGGACAAACCAGAUCCUGGGAGGCCUUUACUGUACCGACAGCAAAAUGUCAUAAACAGCGAUAAAUCAUUGGACAUACCCAGUAGUAAAAGUUCAGUAACCUUAAGUGAUCUCGCAGAGUUUUUGGGUGGUUUGUCGUUUGAAGACAGCGCUGAAAAGGACAGAGAGGAAGAUGCAAUAUCUAAAGAGAUCUCAGAGAUCACGACCGAUGCUGAACACAUGGUGCCUAGAGGAGGGUUUGACUCCCCGUUUUACCGCACAAAUGAAAGUCUGUCAGGCUCUCAGAAGAAAACCCACUCAGCCGUCUCCAGUGUGCAGGGACACAGCCAGACCUCUGAGCCUUUAACAUCCCUGGACAAGCCUGGGCCUGAGAAUGCACGGGAAACACCCAAACAAACGUUUACUCCCAUAGACAAGCCCUGUGGAGGCUCUGGGGAAAGCCCUGCUGGGAACAGGGAAGGAACCUCUGGGGAGACGAGUAUCCUCACUCCCAGCCCGUGCAAAGUACCAGCACAAAGAAGGGUGGUGUUUGGGAGUGGGCAGCCUCCCCUCUAUGAGCACCUCUUCGAGGUUGCAUUACCAAAGACUGCCUACCUCUUUGUUGGCAAGAAGACUGAGGAGCUGCUAAAGAAAGCCAAGGGAACCCAGGAGGAUGACUGUAUGUCCUCGACUUCUCCCGUGGAAGUGCUGGACAGACUGAUUCAGCAAGGAGCAGAUGCACACACUAAGGAGCUGAACAAACUGUCUCUGCCAAGCAAAUCUGCUGACUGGACUCACUUUGGAGGUUCUCCCCCUUCAGAUGAGAUCCACACCCUGCGGAACCAGCUGCUUUUGCUGCACAACCAGCUGCUGUACGAGCGCUUCAAGAGGCAGCAGCACGCCCUGCGGAACCGCCGGCUCCUGAGGAAAGUCAUCAAAGCUACAGCUCUGGAGGAGCACAACGCUGCCAUGAAAGAUCAGCUGAAACUACAGGAAAAGGAAAUCCAGGCUUUGAAACUGAGUCUGCAGAAAGAACAGGCAAGGUACCACCAGUUUCAGGAGGAACAUGAUAAUAUAGUGGCUCAGCUUCACAGCCAGAUCAGACAGCUGCAGCACGACCGGGAGGAAUUCUACAACCAGAGCCAGGAAUUGCAGACCAAGCUGGAAGACUGCAGGAAUAUGAUAGCAGAUCUGAGGUUAGAACUGAAGAAGGCCAACAACAAGGUGUGUCACACUGAAUUGCUGCUUAGCCAAGUUUCUCAAAAGCUUUCCAACAGUGAGUCAGUGCAACAGCAGAUGGAGUUCUUGAACAGGCAGCUGCUGGUUCUUGGGGAGGUCAACGAGCUGUACCUGGAGCAGCUGCAGCACAAGCACACAGACACUACAAAGGAGGUUGAAAUGUUGCACGCUGCCUUUCGGAAAGAACUGGAGAAAGCAAAGUCCUGUGUUCAACAGCAAAGCCAAAGGCUCGAUGCUUCCCAGAAAAGGAUAGCUGAACUGGAAUCUCAGCUUGCAAAAAAGGACCACCUCUUCCUGGAGCAAAAAAAAUACCUGGAAGAUGUCAAAAUCCAAGCAAGAGGUCAGCUGCAAGCAGUAGAAAGUAGGUACAAGGCCCAGAAAAGAAUCACACAGGCAUUUGAGCUGGAGAUCUUGGAUCUGUUUGGCCGUCUGGAGAAGAGCAGCCUACUGAAAAAACUUGAAGAUGAUAAAACAGAAGCAGCUGAAGCAGCAGAAGAAAGGGUGGACUGUGGUAAUGAAGAUACAGUGGCAGGAAACAGUGAAGAAACCAUUGGUAGAAAUGGAGAGACCAAACCUCCCAGCACUCGAGGCAGCAGUAGCAGUAAGGGUGGCAGCAGCAGCGAGCUCUCCACCCCAGAGAAACCCCAGAACCAGAGGCUGAGCAGUCGCUGGGAGACAUCCGUGUUGCUGGAGCCCUCGUCCACUGUCCCUCUGACUGUAGGUUCACUCCCCAGCUCCAAGAGCUUCCUUGGAAUGAAGGCACGAGAAUUAUUUCGCAACAAGAGCGAGAGCCAGUGUGAUGAGGAGGGUGUGACCAUCAACAGGCUGUCUGAUGCUCUAAAGACUGAACUAUGUAAAGAUCCAAGCAUGGAGUCGAAGGCCCCUCCGAGCCCCGAUAACCUCAGCCUCUCGCCCAAGCUCCAGGAAAGCAGUGUUGGACAGCUUCAUAUCAUGGACUACAAUGAAACUCAUCAUGACCACAGUUAAAGAGGAAGAUAGUCAAUCAGUGUUAUUUUCAUAUUCUUGGCAUAGAACAGGAGGCGUGAGUGCAAGUUUAACUAAAAGCUUUUAUGUUUCUUUGGUCUGAGCAGUGGCUCAUGCAGCGGAGCAGGAUUGAUGGCCAGGAACGGAAGGAGGCUGCUGAACGAAUGCAAAGUGGAUUUUUGGGUCUGGAAUUGAAAUGCCCAGCCUAACUCUUGCUUCUUUCUCCAAUUCAGUCCUUAGCAGCGUGUACUAAUUUGAAGGGACAACUGGUAGCAUUUGCAAGUAUUUUUGCCCUUUCUCCCUGUCCCCAGUUGAGUGGCUGCGUUUAUGAACUUGAGUGCAAUAUGAGGCCAAAUUAACAUUUGUGAGUCUACUCUGAAUGCUUUGUAUUUCCUUGCAAGCUUCCAAUUUAGAGCAGUUGGUUGUGCUGCCUGUCCAGGUGACUUCGGUUCCUUUCAUCCUGGAAAGAAGCAGCACUAGAAUUUCCAGUGCAUUCAUCCAAGGGUCUCUAUUUUGCCUGUCCAUUGUCCCACAUCCCUCAGUCUUCAUUAAGUUGGAGUCUGAUUGAAUACCCAAAUGUUUAAAGAUACUGUACCUCUGCAAAAUGAUUCAUUCACCCUAAUUCAUGAUCACUGUUUAUAUUGUCCUUAACAUUUCCUGGAAAGUUACAUUUGAACAGACAAAAAGGAACUGGAGCUUGUAAUGCAGAAGAGACCGUAAAUGCUGAAGACUUGUUAAAACACUAGCUUCUGAUCUUCUUGGUAUUUUAAGUGUUUGCCUGACAGACUGUUACUGACCUCAGACUGGUUUGUAUGGGAAAGCAAUUGGGGUGGGAGAAGAGGGAAAAGGAAGCUUUACUGAAGUAGGGAGAGCAUGCAGAACCUGGAUGUAGAAUUGCAAGCUUAUGAAGAUCUGCAGAGGAGGAUUUGUUUCUCUAAUCAGGGAAAUGUGCUGCCUGAUCCUCCUUCACAGUUCUGCUCUUUGUUCCUGGUCUGAGCAAGACCACCAUGUGUUGAGUCCAAGCAAUUGGCUUCGUUCUUCCUGGGAAUGCGUUCAGAAUAUGGUUUCCUUCGAGUGCUCUUCUGCUCAGGCUGCAGCACAUUUUUCAGCUCAGCAAUGUCAGUUUGGCUCUAGGUCUCUGCCCUUCACCCUCAUCCUGCUUCCUCAGAAGGCAAGGCUGAGGAGGAAUCCUGUUCAAACUGGGAAUCAGAAUCCUGGUGUGAAGCCUUUCGAUGUUAAUCAAGUCAAUGAUGAGCCUUCUGUGAAGGAGGAUUUUGGGAUCAGGGCUUGUCAGUGGUCAGACUCAAUCUCCUUCGUGACAGAGCAGAGUCUGCUGUUAGGAAGGCAGAGUGCUUGUUCUAAAUGUUGGAUGUGUCUGGGGCCGUGUGUGCUCGGACACAUCAGGCUUCACCGUCACCCUCACACGUGGCCUCUCCUCUGAAACAGUCUGUGGGUGGCAGCUGCUGUUCAGGAAUUGCCUCACAUAGAAAUCAAGUCCAAGAACACUUGCAUUUGUAGUUCAAAUCCCUUCUUAACCCUGAUAGGAACGAGGCUGUCAAAGCAGCUGGCACUGUGCUGGCUUGCUCCUGACAGGACUUUCCCCCCCGUUUUCCGCUUCUUCCGUAACACCCAGGGUCUAAAUACAUUUCUGCCUGUCUUAAAUUAUUUUUCCGUGUCCUUUGGGUUGGUCAGUCGGAGCCCUGAGAGUAGAGGUUGAACUUCAGUGGUUGUGUCCAAGCUUGACUCUGCAUGGAAUAGAGAGUAGAGAGUUGGUUGUAAGUGACAGACUGGUUUUGUCGACAUGUCUUUAGCCUUUCUCAGACUUAGUGGUAGCAAACGUGGUAGCGUGUGUUUCGGGAAGAUUUGGAGGUUUCCUGCCCCUUUCCCCACCGGAUCCCAGCCCCAGGAGGGAACGGUUUGCACAUUGCCCUGAUGGGCUGGGAUGCUGGACAAGCUCAUUCCCCAUCCUGCCCUGCCCAGCCCGGGGGUGUAUCCGGCGUUCUGAGGAGAGGUGGGUUUUGUGUCGGUUACAAAAACGCCCUGGCAGUGACUCAAGCUCGUUGAUAAGGUGACUUUAUUCUUCUUUUAAACAGGAUUUUAGCAUCAGGAUAGUAAUGGAAACCACUUUCGGUUUGUUUAUGGACCACAAAGAUUAUGGAGGAACAAAAUUUUGCAAUUAUUUCUUUUUUUUUUUUUUUUUUUUUGUAAGUCUAAAAAUCGUGGAUCUGCUGUAUGUAGUUAACUUGCAGUUUGUUUGAAGGGGUCCCAUCAGUGAAGUGGAAACAGAUUUUUUUAACUGACUGCUUUUAGUUAAAUCUAAAAUUGCUGUCUUUGUCAAGUUAAUCUGUUCCCUGCCUCGCUCUUUGUAAGCAUGUUAAACAAUCCACAUUAAAUGCCAUAAAUAUGAAAAACGAGGAAAUGGUACAAUCGUAAGCUAAAGAGAACUUAAACCAAAAGGAGGUUUUGCUGUCCUUAUUAGAAUGUUCUAAAAUGUCAAGGCAGUUGCUUGUGUUUAACUGUGAACAAAUAAAAUGUAUUGUUUUGCACUA